AUGUUCUCAAGAAGCUUGAAAAGCGGUGUAUCGGCAGUAAGAAAGUACUCCACUGAUGCCUCGGCUCAUUCAGUAAAGGAAACGGAAAUCAAUGUCCCUAAAAUCUUUGGAAUCGCUGCCCUCUUCGGUGCGUCCAUAUGGUUAUACAAAAACACCAACGGUGACCAACCUGCCAUUAAAACCCAAUAUUUUGAUACUUUCGAGAAGAGAAGAAAUGUAAGAGAGGAAAUAAAGUUAGACCUUGACGAAAAGGCUAACGGUAGAAACAAUAUUUUCCUUCCAGGAAAGCAACAACAUGCAUCGAAUAACGAAUUUAAGCCAAACUUAAACUACAAUAUUAUCCCUGCACAUUCACCAUGGGGUGUGCAGUUUGGCCAAGGAAUCAAGACUGAUAAGUUAGGACCAAGAAGGGAACAACCAGUGAAGUUUGCACCAGCCCAAAGUUCAUAA